AAGUUUUUCGAGCCCACCUCAUUGUGGGAGUCAUGUGACCAAACGGCUGGUUGUGCAGGCAGAAGGACAUGUGAAGUAAAACCAGAGAUAGUAUUAAAUAAUCAGCAUACUGUUCUGUAAGGGUUACUGAGGAGCAGCAGUUUAGAAUGGCAGCUAAAACAACAACAGCAGCAGCAGCAGCAGGCUGUUUAACCAGGAGGCUGUUUGGUUCUUUUACCCUCCUCUCUCCACACAGUUUAUCAGCACUGAAUAUCCGGCAAUGCAGCUCCAAACUGGCAACCCAGCAGAAGAAAACACCAAAGAGAUCUGCCUUCAAACCAGCAGCCAGCUCCACACACGACUGGAUUGGUCCACCGAACCCUCUGUCCAACCUACGGCCGAUCCUUUACCACGUCCCCGAGAACGAAUCGGAGCUGGAGACACGUCUGAGACACCUGAGGCAGGAGACGGAGGACUGGAACCACGACUUCUGGACCAAACAGAACAUCAGCUUCAGCAAGGAAAAAGAAACGUUCAUCUUUUCACAACUGAAGGCGAAAGGCUUGACUGUGCGUGAUGAGGAAGGACGACGGCGGUCCCUGAACAGCGAAGAAAUGGCCGUGUUUUACAAACGCUUCCUGGACACAAACAGAGAACGACAUUCAGAUUAUAACAAGGAAUGGUACCGACGUAACUUCACCAUCACCUUUCUCAUGGCCCGAGUCACCUUAAAGAACAUGUGGAGGACUGUUACUGAAAGACACAACAACAAGAAAAACAGCACUCCUACCACCUAAUAAUAAAUAAAAUAUUCAUUCACCCUCC